CUCGUGAGGCACAGCGCUUAAGCAAGUUCAAGGUUGGAGGUUGAAUCGUGUCAAAGCGCUAACAAAGGGAUAUUAUUGGGUAAUGAGGAAGUUAAUUCUCAAUUCUUUCUGCAUACAUCCGCACUUUGUUUUUUAAAAGUAAAAACUGGUAGUAGGAGAAAGUUCCCUUCUGUUCAACUUGAAUUGAGGAGGAUGCUCCUGGAAAUAAUAUUUAGUAAAAUAAGGACAGUAUAAUUUCAUGGAAAAUUUUUGAACCGCUCAUUUGUAAUCUAUGUUUCAUCCCUCUUUUUCCUUUGUAUUUACUUAAUCCCAUGUAGUUCACUUCCUGAGCGUUUGUUGUAUUUUAACUCACUCCAUUGCCAAAUUAUCCUGAAGGUUAUUCUGUUCAACAUCAUAAUAUACUAGGUUAGAGUAUCGGCACUUUUCAAGAAAAUAGAGCUGCUUUUAGGAGGAAGUGAAUGUUUAUUUAUGUAAUUGCUUAACUGUUACGUUUUAAGAUUCUUGAAAGCAAUCGACAUACUAUUCUGUUAAGUAUAAAUCCAGUGCAUGUACUAAUUUCUGCGUUGUAACUGACUUUUCAUUUAGCUGGGUUUUUUAGAGAGGUUAGGUUGCGUUGGAUAUUUGGCAUUUCUUUGGGUUAGAUUGACUCAUUAACAUCAUCUGAAACACGACCUACAUGAGAAUCGGGGCUAUUGAUGGGUGAUUAUAUCUGUGUAUUUUGGGAUUCAUUUUUAAUGACCAGAAAAACGAGACGUCGAUAUGACCACGCGUAAAGCAUUAUUACUUGCAAAUACUUGAGACAAUAAACGUUAAUGUUUCUUUUUGUAUAUCUUUACUCUCUUUCCUUACAACGUCUUAAAAGCACAAAUGAGUAUCAGAAAAUAUUAUCUGGGAACCUACAAUGGACUUCAGUUAAUGGGGUUUGUCCGGAUAUUGUAGUAUGUUAAUAGUUCGCAGAUGGAGUUAUAUACUAUGUUUGUACAUAUUUGAGUCGUCCGUUAGGAGAAGGUGGUUGGAGUUCAGCGUUCAAGUAGAUAUUCUUUUACAGCUGUUCCAAUCACUAGCCGUUGUUGAGAUAAUCCAUUCCGCAAUAGGAUUAGUUAGAUCUUCUGUCAUUACAACAAUUUUGCAGGUAUCCUCUCGACUACUAGUUGUAUGGGGAGUUCUGUACAUAAUGCCAGAAAUUUCACGUAAUAAUUUGGGUGUCCCACUCAUUGUUACAUCAUGGUCUAUAGCUGAAAUGAUUCGAUAUUCGUAUUACUUGGCAGAUAUCUGUGGGAUAAAGUUAAAUCUGCUAACAUGGUUAAGGUACUCAGCAUUUAUCGUUUUAUAUCCAACUGGAAUUUCUGGUGAGAUUUUUCUGAUAGUAAGUGGCAUCAGAAGACUGAAUGAAACAAGGAAGUAUUCCUUCGAUCUUCCAAACGCUCUAAAUUGUUCAUUCAGUUAUUGGUUCGCUUUAAUUACUAUACUUGUAACCUACAUCCCAGGUUCAAAGACAAUGUACACUCACAUGAUGCGUCAGAGAAGAAAAGUGUUACAAAAAUGUAAUUAACGAGCAGAUGAUAUUUUAAUCGCAGAUAUAAUUUAACUUUAUAAAUGUUUCCUAAAUUUUGUCAUUCA